AUGGCGCCCGACCCGCCGCCGCUGCCCACCAAGUUCCCAUGCUGGUGCCGUGCAAUCUACUCUUGGGGCGGCGAGACGAAACGGGACCUUGGAUUUGUCGAAGGAGACCUGAUCGAGUGCUUGAAUGCCGGCGACGGAUCGUGGUGGAUGGGCCGUCUACGACGUGACAGGCGCAUGAUGGGCCUCUUUCCCUCCAACUUCGUCACCGUCCUAGGCGAUGAUUUUGUUCCUGGAAACAACCGAUCUGUGACCCCAAUGGGAGGAGGAGACGCCCUGUCCCGGACGGACAGCUCAACCCCCAAGAAGCAGAAAACGGUGUACAGAAAGCCCUUUCAGGCGCACAAAGAAGCCAUUACGCCCGCUGAAGCAGCUCGAAGGGCGAACUCGUCAUCAGAGGCGCUGUCACCUUCGCCAUCUCGAGAAAACACCCCACCGCGACAGUCUCAGGCCCUGCGGACCCGGACACCGACAACGGCCGUCCGUCAUCGCCGCUCUCUGGCCAGGCCUCCAUCCCGCCCAGGUUCUCCGCCCGCGUCGCACGAGCCUGAAGUGUCCCCCGCGAGGCACCGUCGCAGCUCAAUUUCACGCCCCCAAUCUCAUGAACUGCCUCCGCACCCUCCUCAGGACCGCGAUGAGUCACCUCCGCCGCCGCCGCCGCCGCCUCAUAGAGUGGCAGUCAACAGCCAGACCCCGCGGAAGAGGCUGCCUCCCCCGCCACUUGAGAUGAACGAUCGUUACGCCGUCAUCUCGCGAACUCCCUCGCCAGUGUCGCCCUCUCAAUCGCCAGGUCCGCCGUCGCCGGCUGUCACCCCUCACACGCCAUCGCCUCUUCGAGAUGCUAUGGAAGAUGUCAUGUCCUCAUUACAAGACAUGGGCCUCUCGCACGGGCCGCCGUCUCCUUCGCCGCCGCCUUCAUUUUCGAAUCCUUGGUCCCCUGAUGCGUAUGACAGCAUUCGUGCCGCAAGUCCGCGACCGCCUAGUUCUCGACCUCUAACAUCUCUGGGUUUCGGAGGGGAUGGGGGCGGAUAUGAGGGGGAGGAAGACGACAAUCAUCCCAAUUUCCCAGACCGAUACCAUGACGGCCCGCCUCAAUUCAAUAAUUAUGUCCAACGAAUGGAAAGGCGGUUACGACAGCUUCACGAACAGAAUGGCGAGGACCCCGAUCAAUUGCCCGAUGACGAUGUUGGCCCUCCGCCGCCGCCUAGGAGGACUGAGUAUCGUGCAAGGCACAACUCGUGUCCCAGACCCACCGGCGUCCAAAGUACCACUACGACUGAGACAAGCAGCACCGGCAAAACCUUGAUGAGUGGCACCUCGGCUGGUGGCAUCAGUGCGACGAGCGCUGGAAGCUUUGCAAGGCGUGCGAAAUGGGGUAGCUUCUCGGCGGAAAGACCAAACACUGCAAUGAGCGUUUUCAACGACCCGGACAAGAGACCUCAAACGCCCUUGAGCGGGAUUUCUUACCAUUCCAGCCACAACACAUCAAGACAGGGAGCCAUGUCGGCGAUUCCAUGGUCAUCUGAGAAGGAGGCUACUGAAUCUCCCGGCGUUUUCGGUGGCCUUGCCACCCCAAAAGUGAAAAAGAACGGAUUCUUCAAGAGGUUCCUGGAAUCCGCCAAAACAGGGGCUGCCAAUGCGAGAAGCAGCAUCGCUGUAGGGCAAAGUGGGGGUUCAACUUCACCCACAAAGGGAAGACUCUCCUUGGCGGUGUCGUCGCGCAAGCAUGACAAAGACAGUGCUCGAGACACGGGACCUGGCGGCGGGGGAAGUGUCGAUUGGGUGCAGGUGCGACGUGAUGUUAACCGUGCAAGUACUCCUAGUCGGAAUGAACGGAUUGAACGAGCAGAACGAUGUCAGAUGAUGGAUCACCCGGUCAUCUAUGCGGUCGAAGAGCUUUACGAAACCGCAGAAGGUGACGAGGGCAUCGAUGGGCUUCCAUUGAGUGAACCGACCAAUUUUGCUGCCGUCAAUCUGAGUAUGGUGGACAAGAAUGCUCGCUUUAUAAACAGCCUACCCCCGUUGACCAAUCCGGCGAGUUUGGCGCAAGGCUACGUUUGUCGGCCUUACAAGAGCGAUGUCCAACGACUUCGUGCCAUAUUCACCUGGGUCAGUGAGAAGAUUGCGUGGGAUGAACCGAUGGAUGAAGAUGACGUGGACAUGAAGAGGGUGAUCAGUAUGAGGAGGGGCAGUCCCCGUGAGGUGGCGAUCCUGGUCAAAGAGAUGUGCGCCGCCGUCGGGCUUCAUGCCGACGUGAUCAGAGGGUACCUCAAGACACCGGGAGAGGUAUUCGAUCUGGACAGCCUGUCACGACCGAAUCAUUGGUGGAAUGCGGUUUUGGUAGACGGCGAAUGGCGCAUCAUGGACUGUUCGCUGGCCAGCUCGACGAAUCCCCGAAGAAGCUUACUUGUCACCACGAACUCGCAACAUGCAGAGACCUGGUACUUCCUCGCUCGGCCGAUGGAGAUCUGCUACACUCAUAUACCACUUCACCCUGAAGAACAACACAUCUGUCCGCCGAUCUCGCCCGAGGUUCUCUUGGCGCUUCCCCCUGCCAGCCCGGCCUUCUUUAAGAAUGGUUUGCAGAUUCCCGAUUACGACACCAGUUUCGUCCGAAUCGAAGGAUUGGAAGUCAUGCAACUGCGCAUUUUUGUCCCGCCGGACGUGGAGUGUGCUGCUGAAGUUGAAGCUCCAGCCUUUGCUCGCGAUGCCGAUGGGGAUUUAUUCGAAAGCGGAGAAGUUGUACGGAAACGUGCCCUCGCCCAGCCGGACUGGAUCCGGGGUCGGAAACGGUUCACCGUGAAGGCUGUUCUCCCAGGCGAUGAAGGGCAGGGAGUGCUCAAGAUCUAUGCUGGCAAGAAGGGACUGAUGCAUUCGAGCAAAGACAUCCCCCAUCCUCUUGCCCUGGCCCUGCCAAUCAUCCACACGGGCGAAAACCCGCCGUAUGAUUUCCUUAUUCGUCAUCCCACUCCGCAUGCGCAGCGUCACGACCUGUACGUGAUGCAGCCUCAGUGCUGGAGACUGGCGAUCAACAACACCUUCGUCUUUACAGUCCGGCAACAUCCGGCAUACCCACCGCCAACCAGCUUCGAUGGCAGUUCCGGUGGACGAGCCUCCCCUGUGCAUAUCCGACCAUCGAGUGCUCUCAGCAUGGUGUCCAGCGGUUAUGGGGACUCCAAUGCGUCUACCACGUCUGUCAAUGACGGGUUCUCAGCAUCCACGUCGGCCGUGUCGUCAGGCAAGUCGAGCGGUCGUGAAAAGCCAGCAAAACUAGCCAUCCAGUCUCCGUCAGGGAAGAUCCUGCGGCUGAUGCGCAAGGCCGACCACAUGAUCAGCACCAGCAGCAACACCGAUUCCGGGAUAGACGGGACCCCGGACGGCAGCGUCUGGGAGACGGUGAUCAAGAUCGGCGAGCGAGGUGUCUGGCGAGGCCUCGUCCUGGCCGAUCGGGUUGCCCGAUGGUGCGUUUUCUGCGAGUGGGAAUGUUUCUAA